AAUUUCCUAUUCUUUCCUUCUCUUUCUCUUUCUCUUUCACACAAAACCAGCGUUUUCCUUUCCUUGCAAAGGUCUUCCACCCUACUUUCCUUCACAAACCCCACACAUUCCCUACAACCAAAUAUCCUUCCCUCCUCCCUCAACCUCCACCUUUCAUACUCUCUCCCUCUUCAACCUACAUCCUUCCUUUGCAAGUAGAACCAACCCUUUCUUACAACUUACCUACCUACCUACCUACCUACCUACCAUCCCUCUUAUCACCCAAACCAAAUAACAAAACAAAUUACUAUUGCUAAUUUCUAAAAAAUGGAAUCCGACUUUGGUUUUGACGAAUACAUCAUGCCCACCACCUACGCUGGUGUCCCCAAGCUUGAAUGCUACAACACUCAGCUCUAUCCUUCAGUGGGUUACUAUGGAAAUGACACUGUUGUGUUUGAGAACACUGCAAUGCCCCAAAUGAUGCCCUCAUCCAUGCUUUACCCUCAGCCUUCUAGCCCAGACUCUGUCUAUUCACGCCUGUCACCUGGCGCCCCCUCACCAUUGAUGUCUUGCUCUCCACCUGCCGCUGUCCCUCUGGUGUCUAACUUGGCCCACGCCAUCACAGAAAAGAUCGCCAAAGCCAACACCCUGCCUGAGUCUUUUUUGCCCGAGUUUCACCAGUAUUCUAAAGAAACAUACGAAAACGGUGGAAGCAAGAAGAGACGCCGGGUUCAGAAACAGCAGCAGCAGCAGCAACAGCAACAACAACAACAACAGCAGCAACAGCAACAACAGUCCUCAUCCUCAUCCUCUUGCGACUUUGAGAGUUCAUCUUCAGACCAGGAAGAUGAUAUUGAUAGCGUAUCUGCUGCUGAAGUUCGCCGCCAAAUCCACAUCCAGUCUGAACAGAAGCGUCGUGCUCAAAUCAAGGAUGGCUUUGAUGAGCUCCGUCAGCAUUUGCCCGGUUGUGUGAACAAGAAGAUGAGCAAGGCAGCCCUGCUACACAGAACCACACAGCAUCUCCAACACCUAAAGAAUAAUCAGACCUCACUUUUGGCCGAGCUGGAAAGAUUAGUGAACGAGAAUGAGCAGUUAAGAAAAUUCCAAGAAUCAGUAUUGCAGAAGCAGACAUUGGAGCGAAUGUACCAGAUGGGAGCAAUGUAAAGAAGAUUAAGAUGGUCUUUAAUGGAUAUUUAGAUUCUUAUUCCUGAUACUUGUCUCUUUCUCUUACAUUUAUUCUUAUACUUAUUUUGCGCUUCAAUUUGUCCCUAUGUUUUACUAUUCUUUCUUUGCAUGCCCUCAUACAUCCUUUCCAUUCACAUUCCCAUUCCCAUUCCCAUUCAAACAUUUCCCAUUCAUAUCCUCCACCAUCUCCUCCACCUCUCUGAUACCAAUCUUCUCACCAAAUCUGUUAGACUUUCUUUUCUUUGAAAAAGAAACAAACAAGAAAAAGCAAAUAUCAAGCUGUUUUGAAAUUCAUUUUUUGAAAUUCAUUUUGUUAUUUUCUUUUCUUAUUUUUUCUUAUUUUAUUUUCUAGACCAAUCCCCCACCCACCCCCCCUACGUCUUUACUUACUUUAUUAACUUCUUCUUUGAUUGCACAUAGCAAUCAUUUCUUUCUCUGUAAGGUUCUUACUUAAAGGCUUUGAAAAGAUCUUUCUUAUUUCUUGGUCUUUUUUUUUAUUGAGCUUCUUUCUUUUAGCUCUUAUGUUUUUUUAUUUCUUUUUUUUAUUUCUUUCUUUCUUUCUUGUAUUGUCUAUUGUCUAAUUGCCUUGAAAAGCAAAAUUUCAUAUACAAAACAAAAAAAAAACCGAACAAAAAAAAAACUUUGAAUAUAUACAUAUAUGAAUGGCUUUGGCAGCAAAGCCCAAUCCAAC